UGCUGAGCCACGUGUCAGUGCGUAGAUUAUGGCAUUCUAGCACCAAUGUGUAUUAAGUGCACUAUUUGUGAACGCACUUUCUUUUUGUUGCCUUGCUUGUAAGUGGAUGGAGUGUUUUUGUUCUGCUGGUGUAACGUUUGUUGAGAUUCUUCUGUGUUCCCCUGUUUAGGGGAGUUAGUUUGGGAUUGGAAGUCUACGCUGGUGACUAAAGACAGCAGUGUGUUGUGUUGUGGUUUCGAACAUUAAUGUGUACGUUGUGGGACAGCAAGGGGUAUAAUUAUUAUUUAAUUAAUAAAUUCACAGUAUUUUAAAAUGUUCCAAAUUCAAUGUCAUUACUCCAUUAGUUUGUCAUCAUACUUAUAUUUAUAUCAUUAAAUAUUUACAUUGUUACCAGUGAGUCAUUUAUUUAUUGUAAGCACGAAGGUGCCUGGUUGAAUGUCAGGGGCCCGGGCAAACGAGCUAAGGCCUUAACAUAACCCUGACAGUUGGGGGCUCGAGUCCGGCUGUGACUACCAGUCACAGAACUAUAAUUUUAAUCAUUAUAUAAGUUUUAGUUACUUGAUUAUGUAGCAGCAGUGUCUACAAUCUAAUAAUUGUUUACAUAGUAUUGCAUCACAAUCUACUGUACUAAUAUUGAAUUGUGUACCAUUGGCAACGAUGUAUAUCGAAAGUAGCAAAUAAAUACAUCCUUUGUGAUAUAAGUGAUAUAACACUAUAACUAUACUGUACUAUAUACUAUAUAACUAUUGUAUUGCAAGAUUGAAACGCAUUUGUAUUUUCUUGUUUUCUAUAUUGUGCUUCACCUUCGAACGAGUGUCUUCUCGCUCCCGGCAACAAGCGAACGUGAGUGUAAAGUGGCUGUUGGUAACUACUGAAGUCUGAGGCUACUAGUAUUGUGGUGGAUUGUCCUGUGGCAACUAUAUUUCGACGCUGUGGCCUGAGUGAGGCACUUUCCUCCGACGUGGGAUACUGCACAGAUAGGUUUCUUUCUUUGCCAUUUAACCGCAGGCUCUAGGCUUUAGUUGACCUCUUGUACAAUUAGUAGAAUUUUUUUGGUUCCCAUAUUGUAUAUAAUUUAAAUAUAAUACAGCCAAGUAGUGUACAUUGUAUUUACCAUGGAAACUAGGUUGACAAUUACUGCCCAGUUUAUAAGUGAUGGUCGUUCUCUGGGGUACGAAGGUGAAAGGUUGGAGAGGUAUGUGGCUGAGCAGAAAGAAGACUAUGAAAAAGUUAAGAAAGAAGAGUUUGAACGAGAAAAGGCUAGAUUUGAGAGAGAGGAAAGAUUGAAAGCUGAGGCGAAGGCAGAGGAGAAGGCCAGAUUUGAACGUGAGGAUAAGGCCAAGCGUGAGGAACACGAAAGGUGGAAAGAAAGAGAUGCCAGGGAGGAACUCAAGAGGAAAGAGGAGAUGGAACUAGAAAAAAUGAAGGAAAAGUCAGCAACAGCGGCUGGGACGGCAACACAGGCAGAGGUGCGGCCUAGAAAUGUUUUAGAUAAACUUGACAAGAGCUUCCAGGGAAUGAAGGAAGACGAUGACCUGAUGGCAUAUUUAACACACUUUGAGGCCGUCGCAACAAGAUGCAAGAUUGAUAGAAAGGAAUGGUCAUUGCUCCUGUCCUAUAAACUAACUACCUUUCUAAGAAACUGUAUGCUGCGUGACAGUCUGUUUUUGAAUGAAAAUUAUGAGGAAGUGAGGACCGUAUUACUCCGACAUGCGGAUAUAAACGCGGAAACCUGCCGCAAGAGGUUCCACCGGGUAAAACCACGACAGAACGAUUUUAGGGGUUUUGUCACAGAGCUGCGAAAUGCGUUGGACAAUUGGUUGAAAAUGGCUGAAGUAGGCAAGACUGUGGAAGAAGUGAAAGAGUUGCUGGUGAAAGAUAGAAUACUUGAGAAUGUGUCCGGUGAUGUGUACAAGCAACUGAUAAUAAGUAAGAAAGGCACCGUUGAUGAUAUGAUUGAUGUUAUUGAAGGUUUUAAGGUUGCUAGUGCGGGUGUGUCGCUUGCUAAGGAAGACAAAGUGUAUGUUGCGGCAGCGUGUAGUGAGCCUGUGAUGAAUCGGAGUCCUGGGGGCAAAAGGAUGGAGAUCGCUUGCUUCAGUUGUGGUGAAAGGGUUCCAAAGACUUACCCGAUUAAUUCAACUGAUAGGGAAGACGAUUGUAAUACUGUGGUCAGAGCACAUGAGCAGAGGCCAAGUGAUAGAUGACUAGAGGUCCGUCGCGAGUCCAAGAGUCGUCGUGACUAUAAGCUGAUUCCGGAUCUUUACACAGUGACAGUUAGAAAUUUACCAUAUAAUGUUAACUGGCAGAAGUUAAAGGAUAGGUUUAGAGAUGUUGGUUUGGUGGGAUUUGUGGAGGUUUUGAUGGCGAAUGGGAAGUCAAUGGGUAUAGGUCAUGUUAGGUUCAGGAAUCUGGCAGACGUUGCGAGAGCAGUUAAAUAUUUGGACAAGUCAAAAUUUGGAGGUAGGAAUAUUGUGGUUGUUCCUCAUCGUAUAAGCACGCGGGGAUAACGUGAUGAUAACUAGGGUACUCUGGCAAAUCGAUAUUGGGUUGUUUAAAUAGCGAGACCUAUGGAUGAAUGGUGUUAGUAUAUUUAGAUGUUGAUGUAGUCAAUAUUCUAGACGAAGCUAUUUUUUUCCAUUCCACUUAUAUCUUUAUAUAUACUUAAAGUAAGUUGAGUAUACACUUUGUUAUUUAAAGUAUCGGAACCAUAUCUGUUAGUUAUGGGAGUAAAAGUUUCUUGGUAGAUACGUGGAUUUAGUUUUUCCUUUAAAGGCAUUCUUACGUCGGUUAAAAUCCAUGAGAGUAGACUGGAGCUGUGAGUGUGCGGAGGCAUUGAAGAGAGUGCAGGCCUGUCUGUGUAACUAUCCUAUUCUUCGAUUGCCUGAUUCUUCUUUACUGUUUUAUCUCCAGACUGAUGCCUCAGACAAAGGGAUCUCUGGCAUUCUUAGCCAGUGUGUGAAUGGUAUGUUGCAUCCUAUAAAAUUAUGUGAGCCGUAAAGUGUUGCCUCGGGAGCAGAAGUAUUUUACCAUUAAACCUGAAGAAGUGGCCAUUGUAUAUGCAAUAGAAAAAGGGACAAUUAUUGGCCGGGAACAAAAUUUAAUCUCCAGACUGACCACAAGGCUUUAUGUUACUUUAGGAGCACUAACUGUACCAAUGCUCGCAUUACAAGAUGGGCACUAGUGUUACAAGAUUAUUCCUUUGAUGUUGUUCACGUCUGAGGAAAGGACAAUCUGCUUGCUGAUCCGUGCUCAAGAUAGACUUUCCAAUGUGCAGCUACAUAAGUUACAUAUUUAUGUAUUUUUGGUAUAUACAUGUCUUAUGCAUUUUAAUGUUCCAAUGUAUACAUUAUUGUUUGAAAAUGUUUGCACUUUAUGUUAGAUGAAAUUAUGUUGCAUUUAGUAUUAUUGACAUUAAUUUGUUAAUUAUGCAUUUUAAAUUUGAUCGGUUGGUAGAUGUGAUUUUGUGAAUGGUUCAUAGUGUAAUGUGGAUACUUUGGUAACAAGUGUCAUUGGUAAUUUUUCUUCUAAGUUGUUAUGUUUGGAAGAGUGAUGUUAAUGCGGAUGAAUGUUCCCUAGCUGGAUGUGCUCACCUUGUAGCUGCCAUGAUAUCUUCUUACUUUUCUUUCAGUUUGAGGUACGGAAACUGGUCCAUACUUUGUAAGAACCAGUUUGGGGGGAGAGGGGGAAUGUCGGUGCGUAGAUUAUGGCAUUCUAGCACCAAUGUGUAUUAAGUGCACUAUUUGUGAACGCACUUUCUUUUUGUUGCCUUGCUUGUAAGUGGAUGGAGUGUUUUUGUUCUGCUGGUGUAACGUUUGUUGAGAUUCUUCUGUGUUCCCCUGUUUAGGGUGAGUAUCUAAGGCAUAACUGCGUUUCGCAGUUGUUUUGAUGCCAUAGUGAUAGUCUACUAGACCUUUCUAGUUUGUCUUUACUUUGUCUUUACAGGGAGUUAGUUUGGGAUUGGAAGUCUACGCUGGUGACUAGAGACAGCAGUGUGUUGUGUUGUGGUUUCGAACAUUAAUGUGUACGUUGUGGGACAGCAAGGGGUAUAAUUAUUAUUUAAUUAAUAAAUUCACAGUAUUUUAAAAUGUUCCAAAUUCAAUGUCAUUACUCCAUUAGUUUGUCAUCAUACUUAUAUUUAUAUCAUUAAAUAUUUACAUUGUUACCAGUGAGUCAUUUAUUUAUUGUAAGCACGAAGGUGCCUGGUUGAAUGUCAGGGGCCCGGGCAAACGAGCUAAGGCCUUAACAUAACC